AAGAAGGGUAAAAUCGUCAACAGAAGAAAAUCUCUAAAGAAUCUCUCUAAUUUUUCUAUGAGACCGUUGAGAAACCCUUUUUACCAUUAAAUAAAGUCUUUUUGCAAACAACAAAAUCUGGUUAACCAAAAUAGCUCUCUCUUUUACUGAAGAAGUGAUCGAAUUUUAUUCAACGAUGGCGGAUAUAAUCUCAAAUCCGACCAUGGAACAACUCUUCUUCUCUGUAGAUCCGAUGUCUCUUAUACUCUCUCAAAACUCCGACACACAUCAACUUAAACUCUUGUUAGACGGUUUCUCCGGAUUCGAAAGAGGUCCAAGAUACGAUGAAUACUCGAGAUUACGUGAAUCGAAGCUUCGCAUGAAACGUGAUUUUCAGAAAUUCCUCGAGGAAGAAGACGAAGUAGAAGAGCCGAGGAUCAAAAAACAAGUCAGAUUCGAGGGUAAUUCUGUAAAUUCGCAAGAAGGUGAUAAGUUUUCUCCGGAGAAGAAGAAACAGAGUCGGUUCGAGGGUAUUUCAGUAAUUUCACAAGAAGAUAGGUUUUCGCCGGAGAAGGUGAAGAAACAGAGUCGAUUUGGGUUUUCUCCGCUGAAAAAAGCUGUUCCGUCUUCGUUGGCACAAUCAGUUCCUGAUUUCUCUGCUGUGAUACGUAAAGAGAAUCGUCGUCCGGUUAAUAUCAACACUAUUACUCCGCCACCACCGACUUCGAAGAGUAGAAACGGCGGCGUUUUGACGGGAUCGGCUUCAAGAGGGAGCAAGUCGGCGAGUGCUGGAGAGAAGAAGAGUAAAGGGAUGAUGAUGAUGGGAAUGGCACGUAAGAGUUACGCUAAUGUUGAAGAUCUUAAGAAGAUUUCAAUGGCGGCUGCUUCUGCUAUUAAUGGCGGUGGCGGUGGAGGAGGAGGAGGGAGAAAAGUUGGUGACUGUGGUGGUGGUCGUCGGACUAUUCUUGGUUACAGACAAAUUUACUGAUUUCGUUUAUCAAAAGCUUUGAUUUUUACACGAUUUUAUUAGUUUUUUGUGGGAUUUUGAUUGAUGAGAAACAAUUCUUGGAUUUGAUUGUUGAUUUGGGUUUUUGUGGCUUUUUUUGGUGUGUUGGUGAUUUUGAUUUGUUUGUAAAAAAUAAAGCAUAAAUUCUUGAUAUUAUAUAACUCGUGUGAUUCUUUC